AUGGAGUCUCCAAAUUUCAAACCAUCCUUGUUCGACACCAUCUUCAUUGCCAUAUUCCACGUCGUCAAUCUUUACAUCCCCUGGCAUCGUCUCCCUGGCCUUAUCGGGGCGUUCAAUCUUAGUUUCCUCCGAGUCGAGUUGAGACAAUACAAUCUCCAUGAUGGGUACGCAUCCGCAGAUCAUCAAGGAAAGCUCGGAGACAUCACCGGAUUGAACAAGCGAUAUAUCGGUACUCGAAAUUCAGAUGGUACAGAUAACUCCCUCGAGCUGCGGAAGAUGGGAUGUGCUGGCAUGAGAUUUGGGCGUAGCUUCAAUCGCAAGUAUUGUCAGAAGCCGACAGAAGAUGAGUUGUGGAACCCAAGUCCCAGGGAAGUCAGCCUGGCCUUCAUGGCGAGAGAGCCGCAAGAUUUCAAACCAGCGACUACACUGAACCUUCUCGCGGCUGCGUGGAUCCAGUUCCAAGUCCAUGACUGGUUCAAUCAUGAAGACGUAAGUAACGAUAUAGCAUACGAUAUCCCGCUUCGAAAAAGUGAUCCGUGGCCGGCAGACCAUAUGAAGCUGUUCCAGACUAAGCCAGACACCGUCUUGGACCCCUCCGACGAGCUCUGUCCUGGCUACCGCAACGCCAACACUGCUUGGUGGGACGGCUCACAGAUUUAUGGCUCAAGCGAGAGCGUCACACUGUCUUUGCGAAACAAUCGUCCGAAUGGCAAGCUCGUCCUAGAAAGGGUUGGCACAGAGGAUCGAUUCCUUCCACGCGAUAGCGAUGGCACGCCCAAGGUGGGCUUCAGUGACAAUUGGUGGCUCGGAGUGGAGUUGCUACACACGCUCUUUGCCCUCGAGCACAACGCAAUCUGUGACAAAAUCCAACAGGCGCAUCCCGAGUGGACAGGUGGCCAGGUCUUUGACAAGGCACGGAUCGUCAAUUGUGCGCUCAUGGCCAAAAUUCAUACGGUCGAGUGGACUCCCGCCAUUCUAGCUCAUCCUGCGCUUCAGAUCGGGAUGCACGCCAAUUGGUGGGGUAUUGUUGGCGAGCAGCUUACCAAAGCAGUGGGCCGUGUCUCAAAAACCAGUGAAGACAUUAGCGGCAUUCCAGGCUCGGGUGUAGACCACCACGGCAUCCCCUAUUCCCUGACAGAAGAGUUCGUCUCGGUGUAUCGCAUGCAUUCUCUGAUCCCAGACAACAUCGCGCUCUUCGGCGCAGUCAGUGGCAAGCACAUUAGCACGAUUCCUACAGAAGAUGUCAUCUUUCACAAAUCUCUCGAUGCCAUCAAAGCCGGCGCUAGCUUUGCCGAUGCGUUCUACUCUUUCGGCAUCAACUACCCUGGCGCCAUUACCAACAACAAUUAUCCCAAGGUACUGCAACGUCUUCCCACACCCGAUGGCCAGCUCCGAGAUAUGGGCACAGUAGAUAUUCUACGCGAUCGGGAGCGUGGCGUCCCACGAUACACCGCUUUCCGGCGUUUGCUUCGUAUGUCUGUUCCCAAGACGUUCGAGGAGCUGACUGGCGGCAACAAAGAGCUUGCCGUCAAGCUGAGUAAGGUCUACGGGGGAGACAUUGACAAAGUCGAUACCUUGGUCGGCUCUCAUAGCGAGCCUCUUGUGGAAGGCUUCGGUUUCAGCGACACAGCGUUCCGCAUAUUCAUCGUCAUGGCGAGUAGGCGCCUCAAGAGCGAUCGUUUCAUUGCCGGUGCUUGGAACGCUGAAAUGUACACACGGGAAGGUUUCGACUGGGUGCAGAACACUACCAUGAGCGAUGUACUGGAGCGUCAUUUCCCAGAGUUGAAAGCGCUCUUGCCCAAGAAGACCAACGUCUUCGCCCCAUGGGACAAGUUGCCAGAGUCCAAGGCAUACCCGGGGAUGGAGACGAACGCGCCUCCAUCGUAG